AUGAAAAUCUACAAGUCAUCCGACAUCAACAUUCCCAGGGACCUCAAUCUUACUGAGCUAUUGCACACCACAGCUUUUCCCAUUCCCGAAUCACACCUCAUUGCAUCCGAUAGCCUCACCAACAGAAGUACGACUCUGGGGGAGCUCCGAGAUCGAGCUGGUCGUCUCGCAAAAGGGCUGUACGACCAAUUGAACCCACCAGACCAAGCACGCUGGGCCAUCGUGCUACCAAACAGCGUAGACUUUCUCGAGAUAUUCCAUGCUAUCCUGUGGACCGGUGGUGUAGUCUGUCCUGUAAAUCAUGCCUUACGGUAUUCAGAAAUAGGUCAAGGGCUCGCAGUCGCCCGCCCGCAUUUUGUUGUUGCAUAUGGGGCUGUUGUCCAUGUGGUCGAACAGGCUCUCGAUUUCGCCGCCGAGAUACUCGUCAAAGAAAAGGGGAGUUGGACUCGGCCUCGUGUAAUUUCUAUCGUUCUUCCUGCUCCCGGACUGAAACACAUAUCGUCCGAUUUUAUCGCCGCGACGCGUCUUCCGGUUCCGCACUUCGACGAUACGUCAAUCCGUCUUGCCUCCAUCCAUCUCUCCUCGGGAACAACAGGUCAGCCCAAAGGCGUCGAGCUCACUCACCAAAACUUUGUCGCAAACGUCUUGCAGCUUCUCGCCUUCGAUACGCCGGGGGGGCACAAGAUGUUCCAUCCGGCCGCGCGCACGGUUGCCUUCACGCCAUGGGCCCAUAUUGCGAACACAACAGCGCCACUGUUCCUCGGGCCUUACGCAGGCAUGCUUCACCAUGCGAUGCCAAUUUACAACUUGGAGCAAUUCGCCAGACUGGUUGGCUCCGUCCAAGCCACGUCGUUCCAGGGCGUUCCAAGUGUUGUCCUGGCCUUGGCAGACUCGGACGUGACAGCGAAAUACGACUUCUCCGCUGCACGCGUCAUAGCUGUUGGCGGUGCGCCGCUCAAGAAAGCUCAGCUCGAGAAGCUCCUGGCUCGAGCGCCAUGGCGGCUUUGUCAAGCCUAUGGCAUGACGGAAGCAGCCGGAUACGUCGCUUAUCAGGAAUAUGACGAGGUUCUAUAUGACGGAUGCACAGGUAAGUUGUUGCCCGGAAUCGAGGCGUGUCUCAAACAGGAGGGAGGGGUGGAAGAUGUGCCAGAUGGGGAAACAGGAGAACUGUGGCUGCGUGGACCCAAUAUUUCGAGAGCAUAUGCAUUCGAUGCUGAGGCAAACGAACGGGCCUUUCCGAUGCCAGGGUGGUACAACACUGGCGACGUGUGCCGCAUAGAUGAGCAAGGAAGAGUAUCCAUUGUUGGGCGAACUAAGGACCUUAUCAAGUAUAAGGGAUUCCAAGUGAGCCCUGCAGAGCUUGAGGUGUAUGUGAACUCCCACCCGCUGGUAGCUGAGGGGGGUGUUGGGGCGCUUUGGGAUGAUGGCCAACUCACGGAGUUGCCCGCAGCAUGGGUGGUACUCAAGGAUACAGAAAAUCUCUUGUCUGAAGAGGAGGAACAACAAGUGUUGAGAGACGUGCAAUUUGUUGUCGAUGGUCAAGUCAGCGGAUACAAAAAGCUUCGCGGCGGGGUAUGGCUCGUUGACAAACUACCCAAGAACGCUACAGGCAAGAUUUUGAGGAAAAAGCUGAUUCACAUGACUGAUGGAAUGUCCAAAUACGCCCAUGAGGCCCAGGUAAACGAAGAUGGGACGCUGAAAUAUGCCGUUCUUACAUCGCGCGACAUUGCUAGGGAGACAGACAUCUGGGUGGUUGAGGAAUACGUUAACGAGGCUGCUUUCGACCACCACAUGUCUCUUCCCUCUGUCAACGCCAUGCGGGCCUGGAUAGGUGAAAACGUUGGACCAAAGCCUCCGACGAUGCAUAUCCUCACGUACCCAUCAGAUUCAUUUCAAUUCUCGCGGCAACAGGUCAAUGAGCAUACCGACCCUUGGAUCAUCAUCGCGGAACUCAAUUACAUGGUUGGAGGUGUUGGGACGUCCCUUCCAUAUUGGCAGGCUGUUGUGGAUCAAGGCCGCGAGGAGGAAGUGGGCACUUUGGUUUACGGCAUAUUGAAGGAUGAAGGCACUGUUGAAAGGUUGUUCACAAUGGAGGCCUAUGAGAGCGAGGCAUACCUGAAAGAUAUCCAUGUCAAAAGUGAUGCUAUCGCGGCAAGCAUCAGGGACACGAAACAUUUGCGCACUAGCAUCGAAUGGUCAUUUCUCAGGCUGGUGGCAGGUUUCUUACACAAGUAG